AUGAAAAAAUGUAUCAAAUGUCCGAUUAACAGCGAUUUUUUUCAUGAAGGUGAAGAAGAAGUGGCAGCGGAACAACCGCCAGCGGAAGAACCAUCGAAGCCUGCAGCUGAAGUACCGCCUGCUGCCGAAGUACCGCCCCCUGCUGAAGGUGAGACUGCGGGCGAAGGCCAACCUCCAGUUGAAGGUGAGCCUGCAGCUGAGGCGCAGCCUACAGGAGAAGGAGAGGUUGCAGCGCCUGCUCCUCCUACUGAGGCGCCCAGUGAAGGACAACCUCCUGCUGAUGGUGCGGCUACUGAAGGAACACCUGCUGUAGAAGGCGCAGCUGCUGAAGGCGAAGCUGCAGCUCCUCCAGGGCCUUUCGAAACGUUUAAGCAGCUCGUGUUGAACGAAAAUUACGACUUUGUCGCACUGCCGGAAACCGUGUUGGCCGCAACCGAGAAUAAGGCAGCUGUCGCUAUUCCGCAUUACUCGCUGGUAGAAAACCGGAAAAAUAGCGGUGAAGGUGUCGUCAUUUACAUAAAGGACUCUCUAAAAUAUAAAGUAGUCGACUUAACAUCGGAAACUUCAGAUGGAAACUUUACGUUCGAGACGCUGCUCGAGAAACUCAAGUCUUCACCUGCGGAAGGAGCAGCAGCAACUGAAGCCACGCCUGUAGAAGGCCAAGCUGCCACCGAAGGACAACCGGCUGCUGAAGCGGCAGCUGCAGGAGAAACGCCCGCUGCAACUGAAGCAGCGCCUCCUAGCGAGGCAGCGCCGCCAGCUGAAGGUGCAGCCACUGAAGCAGCGCCACCUGCUGAAACUGCAGCAGCUACCGAAACCGCCCCUGCUGAAGACGCUGUGGUUACGCCUGCAGCUGAUGCGCCUGCACCAGAAACAGCUGCAGCAGAGCCUGCUCCUACUGAAGCCGUAUCACCAGCCCCUACUGAGGAGCUGCCAGCCGAACCUGCAGCUGCUGAUUCAUCUCCUCCGGUUAUACAAGCUACAGCUUGAUCAGUUCCAGCUACCUUAGUUUGGUGUAUUUACUUGUGCCCAGAUUUAUAUUUAAUUUAUUAAUUAUUGUCUAGUGAAAACAUGUACAAUUGUGAUUUUGUAAAAAAUAUAUUUAUGUUUUUCUUA